CUUCUGACAAAGUAAACAAUACCCCAAUUGAGAAAAUGCUAAAGAACCAAUAGUAAACAGCCCAGCCAAAGAACCUCUAAGACCAACCCCACAGAGAGGGCAAGGCACAAGAAUCUAAACUGAGAGCAAAUCCCACUUCUUACCAGCACUGAUGGUGUUAUCUGGUGUGGUUAACGAAACAAGACAACAAUCAAGUUCAGACAGCACCAAGGACUUUUCAUUUCAUGUUUCCUCUGUUAGGCUUAUUGGGGCUUAUUAAGCCUCACCAACUAAUGCCCUGUUCAACUCUGCAUUUUGAUUUUCCAGCACAUGAGCUGAAGCCUGGAACCAACAUCGGGAAAGGCCUUCGAUCUGUCUAUGAAAUGAUGAUUGCGCAGGAGGAGGAAGAGGUGCGACGGGGGCUGAAUCCCCCUCCUGUCUCCACCACAACUCGUCACAUCAUUAUUCUCCUAACGGAUGGAAACUACAACUUGGGGGGCUCACCAUCUUUGAUCAUCCAACAGAUAAAGAAGUUUCUUAAAAUUGGCAGCUCUUCCCCAAACCCUCGGGAUGAUCAUUUGGGUAAGAUGACGAUCCAUGAGCCAGAUGGCUUCAUUUCACCUUUGCUGCACCUCUCCCGCCUAGAUGUUUAUGCCUUUGGUAACGGCCCUGACGUCGACGUUGAAAAUAUUAACGAAUUGGCUUCUCACAAACCCAAUGAGAGACACGGCUUCAUUUUGAAGGACUUGAGUGAACUGCAAGAGGUCUUGGAGGAGAGUUUGGGUGAGGAACCGCGGCAAGAAAUCUGCAAGGGAGUCAUUGUCUCUGACCAGUACAUCUUGACAGCAGCCCACUGCUUGGCCGGGAUCAAAGACAUCAGCGUCAUCCUUGGAACCACCAACUUUGCAGUAGCUGAAAUCCAAUACCACCCAGAAUAUAAUAGUGAGAAAAUAAAAAAUAAGGACUCCCCGGAGUUCUACAAUUAUGAUGUUGCUCUUGUCAAACUCAAAGAGAAGCACCUCCCAUCUUUUACAAGCAGCUCCAACGGCUCCUGCUGUGCCACAACACAAACCUAUUUCCAGACCAGCCUUCCCCAGCCUGCCUCCUUCAAGAUAUGUUGUCAUUAUAACUAUCAGAGUUUCCCGGCAACCAUGGUGGCUCAGAAAAUGGCCUGCAACCUGGAUGCCGCAAAAGCCAAAGGAUACGUGAACGUUGCAAAUAUCUCAGAGAUGGUGAACGAACACUUCCUUUGCACAGGAGGCAUUGAUCCACAAGUGGACCCCAACGUUUGUUCAUAUGAUUCUGGUGGACCUCUCCUCAUUCAGAGAAGGCUACGUUACGUCCAGGUGAGUGGUAACUUGAGCCAAAUCCAGCCAAACAGACCAACAUUCCAACCUUCAAAUAUAACUGGAAGCCUGUUUCCUACCCACGUCAGAGAUUUCCACAUCAACAUCUUCAAAAUUCUCCCUUGGCUCAAGGAGCAAUUGGGGACAGAGGUGGAGUUCUUGUAAAUUCACUUUUCUCUUUGCUUUGUCUUGAAUAAAUGAACGACAUGUUUUAGCAUCCUUAAAACGGAAUGUAAUAUUAAUGAUUGUGUAUUAAAUGUCAGGCAGGGAGGGAGGUGCACACAGGUGAGUUGUGUUGGCUCUAAUUGUGUACAUAUUAAGCCAGAAAACCUGGUUAAAUAAUGUGUGCUCCAAACCUUAUUGGCGAAGCAUAAGGAAUCCAACCAUUUUGUUGCACUUGGAUGACAGAAUGUCUAGCCAUCAUGAUAAACAGCCACCAUCUUGCAUUUAAAAGUAAAAGGUUUCCCAUCCAGUCAUUUCUAACU